UAUAUAAGAGGCGAGGAAGCGAAAAGCAGUGGCACCGAAACAGAGAGUUGAGUGAGAAGUGAGAAGUGAGAAGUGAGAAGUGAGAAGUGAGAAGCGAUCAGCGUAGUGGAAGAUGCCGAUCCGUAACAUCGCCGUUGGAAGGCCCGAAGAGGUAACUCACCCCGACACGUUGAAGGCGGCGUUGGCUGAGUUCAUCUCCACGCUCAUCUUCGUCUUCGCCGGUUCAGGCUCCGGCAUCGCCUACAACAAGCUCACCGACAACGGCGCCGCCACCCCCGCUGGUCUGAUCUCCGCCGCCAUCGCCCAUGCAUUCGCCCUCUUCGUGGCCGUGUCCGUGGGCGCCAACAUCUCCGGCGGCCACGUGAACCCCGCCGUGACCUUCGGCGCCUUCGUGGGCGGCAACAUCACCUUCCUUCGCGGCAUCGCGUACGUCAUCGCCCAGCUCCUGGGGUCCAUCGUGGCCUCCUUGCUCCUGGCCUUCGUCACCGCUUCGUCUGUUCCAGCUUUCGGGCUCUCCGCUGGAGUUGGCGUGGGGAACGCUUUGGUGUUGGAGAUCGUGAUGACCUUUGGGUUGGUGUACACGGUGUACGCUACAGCCGUUGACCCCAAGAAGGGCAGUUUGGGAACUAUUGCUCCCAUCGCAAUUGGUUUCAUCGUUGGCGCUAACAUUCUGUUGGGUGGGGCCUUCGAUGGAGCAUCCAUGAACCCGGCCGUUUCUUUUGGGCCUGCAGUCGUCAGCUGGACCUGGGACAACCACUGGAUCUACUGGGUUGGGCCUCUCAUCGGUGGUGGGCUCGCUGGGCUUAUCUACGAGGUCGUCUUCAUCAGCCACACCCACGAGCAGCUCCCCACCACUGACUACUAGACUCUUAAUUCUGUAUUAUUGAAUUUCUUCUGUCUAUGCUUUUCCUUCCUUGUGUUUUUCAUUCCUGUUGAAUCCGUGUUCUCUUCUCUUAAGUUUAAUUAUUUUCACUCCCUUGGUCCACCAUUGAAAUUUGAAUGUAUCAUCAUUCGGGUCUGCUUGCUUGUA